AUUAAGCAAAAUAGCAUUUCAUUCUAAAAAGAAUUUAGUGAUGUAAGAAAAUAGACGUAAGUAUUUAUGUAUGAAAUUCUUGCUUUAAUUACCGAACCUGACAUUGGUGAUUUAAAAAAAGAAGCAAAAAUAAUUGUGUCAUGUCACCAAUGUGAUGAGCCUGAGGUUGGCGCAGUUAUGAGUUAUCAUCUUCUCUGCUUCCAUUCUCUUGGACUGUACAAAUACAAACCAAACACCACACAUUCUCCCAAAUCUGAAUGGCUGCCCCCAAAUUAAAACUCCAAACCCUACUCUGUAAGCUCUUUCUGCUUCUCUCCGUCGCCUGCACCGCCACCGCCGAUGACGCCGCCUUCAUGGCCAAGCUGGCGAAGGCGCUGAGCCCCACGCCCUCGGGCUGGUCGGGGAGCAGCUUCUGCGACUGGAAGGGCGUCAAGUGCAGCGCCAACCGCGUCACCUCGAUCAGCCUCGGCUCGCAGAAACUCACCGGAACGCUCCCUCCGGAUCUCAACUCGCUCUCCCAACUCACCACCCUCUCUCUCCAGCACAACGCGCUCGGCGGCGCGUUGCCCUCACUCGCCAACCUCUCCAUGCUUGAAACCGUGUUCCUGGACGCCAACAACUUCACCUCCGUCCCCGACGGCUGCUUCCAGGGCCUCACCAGCUUGCAAACCCUAAGUAUGACCGACAGCGUCAACCUCGCGCCCUGGACGCUUCCUGCCGAGUUGACUCAGUCCACCAACCUCGCCAACCUCGACCUCGGUAACACGAACCUCGUUGGCUCCUUACCUGAUGUGUUCGACUCGUUCGUGAGUUUGCAGGAACUUCGUCUCUCUUACAACAAUCUCACUGGGGUCUUACCCAAGUCCUUCGCGGGAUCUGGGAUUACGAAUCUAUGGCUCAACAAUCAGAAGGACGGUUCUGGGUUUUCAGGUCCCAUUGACGUGCUUUCUGGGAUGACUCACUUGUCUCAGGUUUGGCUUCACAAGAACCAGUUCACGGGUCCCAUUCCGGAUUUGUCAAAUUGUACUAGUUUGUUCGAUCUGCAGCUUCGGGACAACCAGUUAACCGGUGUGGUUCCACCUUCUCUCAUGUCACUUAGAAGCCUUCAGAAUGUUUCUCUGGAUAACAACAAGCUUCAGGGUCCUGUUCCUUCCUUUGGGAAAGGUGUGCAGUUCACUCUCGACGGGAUCAAUAGCUUUUGUAGGAAAGAUGCUGGACCCUGUGAUUCUCGUGUCACCACCAUGCUUGAUAUUGCGAAGGAUUUCGGGUAUCCCCUUAAGUUGGCGAAUUCCUGGUCGGGGAAUGAUCCUUGUAAUGAUUGGAGUUUCGUUGUGUGUGCGGAGGGGAAGAUUAUUACGGUGAAUUUGGCUAAGCAGAAUUUGACGGGAACGAUUUCACCUGCGUUUGCUAAUUUGACUGAUUUGAGGAACUUGUAUCUUAGUGGUAAUAAUUUGGAAGGUUCAAUCCCGGGGAGCUUGACGAGUUUAGCCCAGCUUGAGGUUCUGGAUGUGUCUAAUAAUAAUCUAUCCGGUGAUGUUCCCAAGUUCUCAAGCAAGGUGAGGUUCAAUGCUGCAGGUAAUGAUUUACUUGGGCGUUCUGGUGGUGGUGGCGGUGGAACUACACCGUCGAAGGGUUCUGGUGAUGCACCGAGUGGAAGUCCAAACGCGGGGUCGAGUGGUUCUUCACUUUCAUCUGCUUGGAUUGCAGGUAUUAUUAUUAUUGCUGUGUUUUUUGUUGCGGUGGUUGUGUUUGUCUUUUGCAAGUGUCAUGCUAAAAACCGGCAUGGGAAGUUUGGGAGGGUUAAUAAUCGGGAAAAUGGGAAAGGAGAGGUUAAGAUUGAUAUGAUGAGUGCGAAUUCCAAUGGAUACGGUGGUGUUCCGAGCGAGUUGCAAAGUCAGGGAAGUGAGCGUAGUGAUCUUCAUGUUUUUGAGAGUGGGAAUGCUACUAUUUCGAUCCAAGUUCUUCGGCAAGUAACUGAAAAUUUCAGUGAAAAGAACAUUUUGGGCAGGGGAGGAUUUGGGGUAGUUUAUAAAGGGGAAUUGCAUGAUGGAACUCAGAUCGCUGUGAAGAGGAUGGAAUCUGUUGCUACGGGGAGUAAGGGAUUGAAUGAGUUCCAAGCAGAGAUUGCAGUUCUCACUAAAGUAAGGCACAGGCAUUUGGUGGCUCUUUUAGGAUAUUGCAUUAACGGCAAUGAAAGGCUUUUGGUGUACGAGUAUAUGCCUCAAGGGACACUAACGCAACACCUGUUCGAUUGGCGUGAUCAUGGCUGUGCUCCCUUGACCUGGAAACAGAGGGUAGCGAUAGCUUUGGAUGUAGCUCGGGGUGUGGAAUACUUGCACAGCUUAGCUCAGCAAAGCUUCAUUCACAGGGACUUAAAACCCUCCAACAUAUUAUUGGGUGAUGACAUGAGAGCCAAGGUUGCAGAUUUUGGUUUGGUUAAAAAUGCACCAGAUGGGAAGUAUUCUGUUGAGACACGGUUAGCUGGAACAUUUGGAUAUCUGGCACCUGAAUAUGCAGCUACUGGAAGAGUGACGACCAAAGUAGAUGUAUACGCAUUUGGAGUAGUUUUAAUGGAACUGAUUACUGGUAGAAGGGCAUUGGACGAUACUGUGCCUGAUGAAAGGUCUCACUUAGUUUCCUGGUUCCGUAGGGUACUAAUUAACAAGGAGAACAUCCCAAAGGCAAUUGAUCAAACACUUGAUCCCGAUGAGGAAACCAUGGAAAGCAUAUAUAAAGUGGCUGAGCUAGCAGGCCAUUGCACUGCUCGUGAACCAUACCAAAGGCCUGAUAUGGGGCAUGCAGUGAAUGUCUUGGUUCCUCUGGUAGAGCAAUGGAAGCCUACCAGCCAUGAAGAAGAAGAAGGUUAUGGCAUUGACCUUCACAUGAGCCUUCCUCAAGCUCUGCGAAGAUGGCAAGCCAAUGAAGGCACUUCCACAAUGUUUGACAUGUCCAUCUCACAAACUCAAUCAAGCAUUCCCGCAAAACCUUCAGGAUUUGCAGACUCCUUUGAUUCAAUGGAUUGCCGGUGACAAAAAUGAUAAACGGGAUAACAUCCAAUUGCUUCUCAGGUGGGAGGACCGGAAGAGAACAUUGUUAAGCUGUUUUGAUCUCGCAACAUCACUGAAUUGUAUCACACAAUUUAUUUAUUUUUUAAAUGUUGAUUUUUUUUUUGUUCUUGCAAUCUCCUUUUGUACAAGUCUGAGAUGUCCUUUGUUAAUUUUUUAAAGCUAACGAAUUGGUUUUAGUUGAUGGUUGGGUUAUUAGAUGAGAAGUAUUAUAGAAAUGUUAAAUUGUAUGAUAUUUUCCAACAUUUUUUUCAAUCAGAAGAAAAUUGAUUGCAUUUAGUUGUUUUAUGGCCAA